AUGUUCUCAUGUAACAGAAUCAAUGUCAACCUUGUGAAGAAAGACGUGUUCCACACCUGCGACGACUUCAUUCCGGUAACUUUAUUCCUUUUUUCAGAUUGACAAAAUUUUAUUCACAGGGCGUUGACACCAAGGACGUCGUCAAGCUUCGCAAGGUCGAACAAAGAGGAAAAAUUAAUGAAGCCUCAAGCUGGCACCGUCCGAGAAACUUUGAGCAGUACAAGUUUAUUUUUUAAUGACCUGGUGUAUGGUCUGGGUAAGAAUUUUCUUUUUUUUUUUCGUCGAAUAAAUCUUUGUACUUUUUAGUCGUAUUCAGGAUUUUCAGUUGGAAUUUUGAAACGGAAAGAUGGUAAUCUGAAAACUUGCCAGACAGUUUUUGUCAAACAGAAAGCUCAAGGAAAAUUAAACAGAAGCAUGGAAUCCAUCAAAGUCACUGCAGAAAGAGAUCCAAGAAAUGAGUGGGAAACGGAGAAAAUUUUUAUUUAAGAUCUCAUUGUGCGUGAGUUUGUACGAGUUUAAAAAGAGAAAAAGGUAAGUUGAGGCAUUAAAAUUUUUUACACAGCACAUACAAACAUACAAAAAUUACUGAAAAGUAACAGGAAUCACAAAGAAGAAGUCAAAAAGUGUGAAAGAGUUUGCCAAGAAAGAUUCAUAAUAACAAGGAAAUUCGAUCUUCUGGCAGCUUUCAAGAAGGGUAUUUCAAAACGAAAAGUCUCUAUGAAAGAUCAGAUUGAUGUCUGAACCAAUGAAAAGAAGACAUUUGAGAAGUGAUCAUCUUGAAAGAGUCAGAUAAGAUGGAAAUGCUCAAAAAGGCAGAUGAAUCGUUUACUUUUCAUGAAAAUGGCGAGUCAACUUUGCAAUUUAACAUCGAGACGCUUUUUCAACUUGGCGAAUAAAAGAUCUUUUUGAGAAGAAAGGUUUUCAUGCAUUUUUUUUAAUAGCGAUUAUAAUCUUCCAUUUUUUCCAAUUGCCACUAUUUUGCGCGGAAGCUCUGUUUUUUCACGGAAAGCAGAGCUUUUUGUAAGACUGUCACUCAGUUUUGCUAUUUGUCAUUCAACAAGAACGAGAUUCAGUUUUAUAUCAUGAGAUAACUUUGCUUAGGUUUUUUGUCAGAGCAACGAAAACUGAGAAAAAGCUCAAAUUCAUUCAGUCUCCGGCAAGUUCAGGCGUCUCAGAACGGGAAUUUUUGUUUCAUCGAGAAGAACAAUUAUUUGCGGACGUACUGAGCCGCUAUAUUUUUGUACUGAAACAAAAAAAAAAGAUGCUCUGAAGAACAUCUAAGCAAAGUUUCAUCAAAGUCAGGAUCUGGACGUAAUUAUAUUAUUCUUAUACUUUCACAAGUCGUGCAAACUGUUGGGAACUCUGGCGAUUCAGUCUUUUCGUUUAUUUCAUUGUUGCAAUCAUCAAGAAAUAAGAAACCAAGCUUGAAGUUUUCACAGUUUGUUAGACUCCUAUGUCUCUUCUCUCUUCAGAAUAAAAUUUUCAUCUAUCUCCGAUGUUUCUCUGUCUUUUCGUGGUAUAUGUUCGUUAAAAGUAUUUGGAAAUUUCUGAUAUGAAUGAAUUUAUUUUUCAGGAAAAACACCUGUAUCUCGACAUGUCCGUCUCUGGUAGCCCUCUCCUGAAAGGAAUUCUCGAGGCCUCCAAGGAGGAUCAUACGAUCUACAUCCAUGAGGAUGCGUACAUUUUGGUAAGUUUUCAAUAUAAACAGAAAUAGCUUUUGGAUGUCACCUCCUCUAGAAUAUAGAAACCCUUGUGGUUGCUUAUUCUAAAAAUAUUUUUUUCAGCCUGAACACAAGAACGAGCUUUUGAUGUUCGGAGUUUGAUAAUUUCAUCUUUUAACAAAAUUUUCCAGGUGGAUUCAGCGCCGGAAGCGAUCGGUUUCGCUGUGGAUUCCUCCGCAAUUUCUUCCGCCGGGCUUUCCUCGACAUGGGAUUCCACUUUGGAGGCUUUCAGCCGGGACUUGAUCCCCCGGACGCCUCCAUUUUUCUCGACUCCUUGUUCUUCGUCUGUGAUCAAGGUUAGUUGAGCUCUUUCAUUGCCAAAAAACUUCAAGACUGAGGCAACAAAUUCUAUUUUUUUACGCGGUUUGAUUUGAAAUCCGUUUUUUUUUUGUCACAGUAACUGAAUUUUUUCAGGAGGAUUGGGAAACAGGAAAAACUGGCCGUGCUCACGAAUGGUCGACGACGUCUUCCGAUGGCCUGCUGUCGUCAACGGACUCCACCUUGAAGGCGAUCAGCCGGGACUUGAUCCCCCGGACGCCUCAAUCGUCUUCUACACCUUUUUCUCUUGAUUUGGAGAAAACGUCUUCCGACGGAUUGUUGUCGACAUUGAUUUCUAGUCUGUCCACAACGUCAUCCGGUCUCUCCGUUACAAGUCCAUCUCUGACAAGAAGUCUUUCGUCUUCUCACCGUCCCGUCAGGGUGAGUCAUGUUUUUACUCAUUUUCUCUUCUUUAAGAAUGGAAGACAUCUUCACACAUUUCAGCAUGUUUUUCAGAACUUCCAUGUCCGUCGGGACCGAGAAAACGCCAAGAAUAUGAUCACCUUCAUGUGCGAACGAUCGUCCAGUGAACAACUUCUUGUAAGAAGAAUGAAUGAUAAGGUAACUUUUUGCAAAAUUGAACGAGAUUACGAAGAACGAUUUUUUUCAGUUCAAGGAGCUGAUGUCCGAAGCUUCGGAUGAGUCGCCGGAAUACAACGAGAGUAUCACGACCAACGCUGCCAGCGACCAUUCAGUCCUGAUCCCCAACUUCUCUGGAUUGAGAAACGCGGUACAUUUUUUUUCUGAUAAUUUAUUUGAUCAUUUCUUCUUGACAAGGUGUCAUGCAAAUACGAAAAAAAUUACAAAAAAAGUUUUUUUUGGUUGUAUGGGCUAAUUUCGUGCGAGAAAGUUGGGCUGAUAAUGUUUGGGAAAAAAAUCUUUCAUACUUUCCGCUCAAUCCUCUUGAAGUACGAGCAUGACAUUUCUAUGAAAAAUAGGCGAUUUUUCAACCGAAAUUCUCACCUAGUACCUAUUUCAGAUCUCCACUGGAUCCUUCGAGGUCGUCGCCACGUUCGAAGCCGCAUCCGAAUCUUUCUCCAGGUAAGCUUUAUUCAGCCUUAGUGAAAAAAACUAUUUGGAUUUCAGAAUGGAUGUGUAUGCGAGCGUCGAGGAAAAGCCUCGAAAUGUUGGGCGACGUCAAAUCGGCGGCUAUCAAAGAAGGCAUCCGUGUGACGGGGUUUGUCAGAAACAGAAAAAUUCAGCAAAAAGAUAUUUUCAGAUUUGUGAGCUGUGCCAUUGGCUGUCCCUGCGAAGGUAAAGUUUUGCCUGCUCAUCUGGCUCAGAUCACAAAACUCUUGCUCCGCUUUGGUUGCGCUGAAGGUGAGGAUUUUUUCCAUUGUUGGGUAUUUCGUAGAAAAUUGGUGCUUGGAAUAACAAAGUUGGGAUCCGUGUCUCUUGGUUCUGCAGGACUCUGAUAAAGACGUUCAAAAAAAAAGUGAAGUCAAAAUCUUACAUUGUGAAUUUUUUUAUGCUUCCCUUCUUAUCACGCUUUUCGUGAUUUUAAUAAUUUACGAAAAACUUUUUCAGUCCACGUCAAAGAGACAAAAAGUCGCACUGACGGAUUCAGCGGGAGACUUUAUCAAUAUUCGGCUCACGUCUACUCCCACGGAUGGAACUGCGGUACCGUCUGAAAACGCCAACGACAUGACACUUGUGGAUAUUCACAUUCCUGUCCAGGUCAGUAAUCUGAAAUUUGCUUGCACUUUUGUUUUGAUUAUGAAAAUCCAGUGUAAUUCUCGGAGUCAAGUAAUAAUUCUUCAUUUGAUUCAUGACAAGAGCCGAAAAGUUAGGAUAAAAAAUCUUUAUUUUUUCUUAAUUCAUAUAUAACUCUUUUUCAGAAAGGAAUUUGUGUUGGAAACACGUCGAUCGGGGAAUCUAACGGAGUCCCUCAUCUGCCGUCCAAGGACAACACCGGGGAAGAAGCCGACGUCGUCAUCUACAAAUUCUAG